AUGAUCGUCUGUGGUACUUUAAUAAAGCAGUUUGUAAAACAGCAUUUAUAUUGUCGCCACUCAAGUCAAGUUACUUCAUCAUCGGCGAAGCCAACUGAAACCAAUAUAAUUUAUAGUUGUCAAAAAGUAACUGAUAUUUUACAAAAACAACCUGGUUCUCUACAAGUGAUUGAUGAUUAUUUAAACGAUCAAGAAUACAAUAAUUUUUUAAAAGAAAUCGAUCGAUAUAUGAAACGUAAACGUUAUGAAUAUACACAUUGGGACGACGCUAUUCAUGGCUAUCGUGAAUCUGAAAGAUCUGAAUGGACACCGGAAAAUCAAAAAGUUUUAUCUCGUAUUCGUCAAUUUGCUUUUGACGAUCCAACACAAUCCCUCGUGCAUGUUCAUAUACUCGAUAUUGCUAAAGAGGGCUAUAUUAAACCGCACAUUGAUGCUGUUCGAUAUUGUGGAACGACAAUAGCUGGUCUAUCGUUACUUUCAUCGAGUGUUAUGAGACUGGCUCAUAAAGAUGACAAAACACUUAUUGUUGAUAUUCUACUCAAACCAAAAUCACUUUACAUAAUGAAAAACGUUGCUCGCUACGAUUUUACGCAUGAAGUUCUCAAAAAUACAGAAUCCUAUUUCAACAAUGUUCACAUACCGCGGGACCGUCGCAUAUCUAUCAUUUGUAGAAAUAUGCCACUCGAUCCAUCUGCUGGCUGA